AUGUGAUUAAAAUCCAACGGUGUAGAAUCCAUCUAAGUAACCAGUGUCGACACAUAACACAACACAACACAGUUGUCGUAUAUAUCCACACAAACCUUCGCGUUUCAUAUACAUUUUCCCAUGUUUUUGUUUUUGCUUUUGUUUUUGUUUUUGUCUCGGUUAUUAAUAUCAUGAUAUCACCUUACACAAUCCCGCAAAAACCUUGGCUCUAUUACCUCGUUUUCCUCUAAGAUUUUCUACUUAAAACACACAAAACAUAGUACAGACACAAACAUAGGACUUGGUUCUUUUUUCUUGUUCUUCUUGCUUUUGUUGUUGCAGAGAUGGGGAGCGGUGAGAGAAGUGUGAAAGGGUUUCUUCUGCAUGGGAAGAAGCAAGGUGUACCGAAAGGGUUUCUUGCGAUCAAAGUGGGACAAGAUGAAGAAGAUCGACAGAGAUUCGUUGUGCCGGUGAUUUACUUCAACCAUCCACUUUUCAUGCAGCUUUUGAAAGAAGCUGAGGAAGAAUAUGGUUUUGAUCAGAAAGGGACGAUAACGAUUCCUUGUCAUGUUGAAGAGUUUAGAAAUAUUAGAGGUUUGAUUGAUAGGGAAAAGUCUCUUCAUCAUAAUCAUCAUGGUGGAUGCUUUGGAUUUUGAGACUUGAUUAACUUUUGAUUAGGUGGUGGUGGUGAUGAUGUAAAUUCUUCUUAAUUGUUACUUUUCUCUUUUGUUAGUUGGAUGAUGAUGAUGAAUUGUUAAUUACUCGUUGCUAUUGUAACUUGUUAGGAAAUUGUAUUAAUAAUGAAUGAAUGAAAGUAAAAAUAGAUGCUUUCUCUUUUUC